AUGGUUAAAUUUAUUAAACCGGGAAAAGUAGUAUUGCUUCUCCGAGGACGAUAUGCUGGUAGAAAAGCAGUUAUUGUUCAACAAAUAGAUUCAGGUUCUAAGUUUCAUCCAUUUGGACAUGCAAUUGCUAUUGGUAUUGAUCGGUAUCCACGAAAGGUGACCAAGAGAAUGGGUUCUAGUAAAGUUUCCAAAAGAUCUAAAAUAAAGCCUUUUAUUAAAAUUAUAAAUUAUAAUCAUUUUAUGGUCACACGUUAUACUUUUGAGCUUGAAACUUUGAAGGGGAUUGUUACACCAGAAACAUUUAGAGAACCUUCUCAACGGGAAGAAGCUAAAAAAGCAAUUAAAAGGAUUCUUGAAGAAAGAUAUAUGUCUGGGAAAAAUAGGUGGUUUUUUACGCCUAUUCGGUUCUAA